AUGCCGCGUGCCGUUUAUAAAAAAUAUUACGAUCAUGAUGACAGAGCUAGUGGGAGUUCUAACAUUCGAAAAGUUAGUUUUAUGAAUGGUGUUGGAGGUAGAGUGAAAAAAAAUAGACAUAAAUUUCCCAAUAAUGCCAUGUUAGACGAUGGUGAUGUUAAUAUGGGAGGAAAUGAAAGAAAGCAAUGGAACAACAGGAAAAAAAAUAAAAAGCAAUAUAAAGGACGCCCAGGAUCUCCAACCAUGAGAAAUCCUAACUUUCGAAGAGAUGCACCAUUAACAUUAAGUGAUUGGUACUUAGUCAAAUUAUUUUAUGGAGCAAAAUACAAUGAACACGAUUUGCACAGACUUUUACUAAAGCACCUUGCUCCGCAUGUAUUUAAAUUUUACUUUAGUUUUACAAAUGAAAAUCAUUUUUAUUUCUACACUGACAAUUAUGAAGUAGCUGUUACUUUGAGAAAUGCAAAUAGGAAAAUAUUAUUAGAAGAUGGACAUUUGUUAGUAAUUAGGGUAAAAGAAGGAGUACCUUCAUCAGUUCCAGUCGAUGAAACGAUAAAAUCUAGAAUAAAAGCUGUGAUGAGUAAAAGAUAUGUUGCAGAAACGAAAGCAUUAGAUUUAACAAAAUUUGCCAACGAUCCAAGUUUUGCAGAUGGUACUUUUUGCCCAUUGACGAGACCUCCAAUAAUGAGAGCUGUUUGGCAAAUAAUUAGCGAAUAUACUUCAGACAUUGUAGCAAUUAAUUUAAGUUCAAACAAAUUAGUCACAUUCGAUGAUUCCCUAUCGAUUGAAAUUAAAAAAUUGAAAAAUCUUAGAAUUGUUUAUUUAGAAGAUAACAAAAUCAAAAACAUUAGUGCGUUUAAUUGUUUCAAAGAAUCAGAAGUCACGGAAUUGGAAUUAAGAAAAAAUCCAUUGAAAAGUUUUUUCAAAGAUAAUACUCAUUAUGUCAGUGAAAUACGGAAGAAGUUUCCCAAACUCACAAAACUGGAUGGCAUGGAACUUCCUCCGGUGAUUUCGUUUGAUGUCGCCGCCGAAUUGAUAACCCAGCUGCCGACACCUCAAGCAGCUUUCAUCUGCAAUCCAGACGGAAGAGGAAUAGUAAAAGCUUUCUUAUCCCAAUAUUUUGCAAUUUACGAUUCAGACAACAGACUGGAUUUGGCGCAAGCUUAUCACGACACAUCAGCAUUUUCAUUGUGUUCGUUUUAUCCCCCCAAUCAGAAAAGCAACAUUGUCAGGUUAAAUCGAUACACUGCGGAUAACAGGAAUCUGUUCAGAGUGACGGAUUAUCCAAGGAGAAAGGAAAGGUUACAAUUGGGAAAGCGAAACAUUGUUGAAUAUUUGUCAAAGUUGCCCAAGAGUCAACACGAUCUAUCAUCUUUUGCUGUUGAUUUGUCUUUGUUCACGCCUCUUUUAAUAAAUUUAUUCGUGAGCGGAGUCUUCAGAGAACCGAGUCCUUCGACAUCCGUCAAAUCAUGGCCCGUGAGGCAUUUUUCCAGAGCUUUUUUAAUCGUUCCCGUAGGACAAGGUUUUUGCAUAAUAAACGACACGCUUUUCAUAACGAACGCGACGGAGGAUCAAGUUCGGUGUUCGUUUAUCGAAGAAUCUCAAAACACGAGCGUUCUUCAAUCUCCUCCACAGAAUCGUCAAAUCGAUCAAGCCGUGGCCAAUUUGACUUCUGCCGUGGGUUCGGUCGAAUUAAACGAUACAGUCCGUUUACAAAUGGUCGAAACUUUGGCCACGAAAACGGGAAUGAACGUGGCUUGGUCUAAAAAGUGCUUGGAUGAAACGAAUUGGGAUUUCGACAGAGCCAUAUGGACGUUCACGCAACUUCAAUCGAAGGGAAGCAUUCCACCGGAAGCUUUUGUUAAAUGUUAG